UCAGAUGGCAUUAUUUCAGUCAAUUAAAGACCGCCCGCUGCUGCCACCUGCUAACAGACCGACACACUAUUGUCAAUUAACGUGAACAGGUGUCAACCAAUGACAAUCGCAAGCGCAAGAAACAUUUCCUGGAAGCGUUUGUGUAGAUGGAAGUGAUUGGUCAUGGUAAUUCGAUUAGAGUAGAUUUGCAUGGGAAAUUGGGGCGAGCACAUGGCAUUGCCGCCAAGCGAAGCGCGAGAAUUUACCUAGUUAUGUUCAUCGAUUCUUCGCGUUAUUCAACUGUGGAUUAAAAGAAAUCAGACAUGGAUUAGUUAAUGACGCUGCAUCGUGCAGUUCAUUUCACAGGUGGUUUUUAUAGGAGGUAUGUUUUUUGAGACACGCUGUAGUCGGGCGAAGAAGGAGUGCAUGGAGAAGAGAAGAAAAACGUUUGGAAUAAACGCAAAAUUCAAAUUUUUUCCGGAUUAUUAGACGCGAUUCUUGUGCAUUAUUUUGUGCGGAGUCAAAAGUGUCCAGGACGGAGCAGCAAGGGAGAGCGAGAGGCCGCGACAUGGUCUCGAAUGACUGGAGAGGAAGGCUCGAUAAAAGACCUCCUGACCGCUCUGGCGAUGACGUAGAAGUGAUUUAUUCCAAACUAAAAAACAUAAAGGCCUUUGAAAAAUUCCAUCCAUCUUUGCUGCAUCAACUGUGUUACUAUGGAUACUAUGAGGAUUUGGAGAAGGGCGUCACAUUGUUCCGGCAAGGUGACCUUGGCACCAACUGGUACACCAUCCUGUCCGGGGCCGUCAGUGUCCAUGUGUCAGAAACAGGGAAUGUUGAGGAUGCCUACACGCUAUGCACCCUGGGUAUAGGGACAUCAUUCGGAGAGUCGAUCUUAAAUAACACGCCAAGAAACGCAACUGUGAUAACUCAGGACUACUGUGAACUGCUACGGAUUGAAAGACGAGACUUCAAGGUUUUAUGGGAGAGAUACAAGCAGCUUAUGGAAGGAGUUGUCACUCCUUUGCCCACGCUUCAGAAAUCGGACGCUGCCAAGAAGGCAACCCAGAACUCGACCAUGCCGAAGUCCACAUCAUCGCCUUCCAAGCUGCCCCCUGGUGGCAAGACCCAGACAGGAAAGAAUGAGUCACCCUUCAACCCUGCUGCUCCAAUCACUCCAAUUCCUUCAGGGAAACUAGCACGAGCCAGCCAUGUCAUCCGCACCAUUCUCCUUACGAAGUACCCCAACAUGAUCCGUGACAGGAAGUUCCAUUUACGCACAUAUCGCCGCUGCAUGAUCGGGACGGAGAUGGUCGACUGGAUGCUGACCUUCCAGAAUGUGCACUCGCGACAGCAGGCUGUCGGGAUGUGGCAGGCGCUACUGGAAGAGGGCGUCGUCGUCCAUGUUUGUCAUGAGCAUCAAUUCAUGGAUAAAUACCUCUUCUAUCGUUUCCAUGACGAUGAUGAAGGCAUCGGCACGUUACCGACGAAUGCAGAUAAGAAAGAAUGUGAUGACGAGCUGCAGUAUACGCUGUCCAUGUUGGGUCAAAUCGGCCCGGAUGCCAUGCUUAGAAUGAUACUCCGCAAAGCUCCAAACGAUCGCACGUUAGAAGAUUUAGAAUUGAUCUACGAUGAGCUGCUGCACAUCAAGGCUUUGUCGCAUCUCUCUACGAUGGUCAAACGCGAACUUGCCAACGUCAUUAUGUUUGAAUCGCACGCAAAAGCUGACACUGUGUUAUUCAACCAAGGCGACGAGGGCAAGUCAUGGUACAUCAUCCUCAAGGGCUCCGUCAACGUCGUCAUCUACGGCCGGGGUGUUGUCUGCACGCUACACGAAGGUGACGACUUUGGGAAGCUGGCUCUCGUGAACGACGCGCCCCGGGCGGCCACCAUCGUACUGAGGGAGGACAACUGCCACUUCCUGCGCGUCGACAAAGAUGACUUCAAUAGGAUUCUUAGGGAUGUCGAAGCAAACACGGUGCGUUUGAAGGAACACGGACAAGAUGUUUUGGUGCUGGAGAAAAUUCCGAUGAAUAAGAAAAUAUCCGAUGGUUCUAUACAGUCUCAUUAUAAAUAUUCAGUGAUGGCGGGUACACCCGACAAGAUGCUGGAGUACCUCUUGGAGACGAGGAUAGAGAAUAAGAGUGAGGAGACAUCGGACAACUUCCUUGAGGACUUCCUACUGACUCACGUCAUCUUCAUGCCUUACAACCACCUCUGCCCCGCACUUAUGUCACACUAUCAUGCAGAAGCAACAGCUCAGGGACCUACGUCUGAUUCUGCUGACUUUUCACUUGCCAAUAAACGUCGCAUCAUCCAGUUCGUGAAGGAGUGGUACCGUGUCAUCGGAGAGGCAGCCUUCAUGAGCGAGAGGACCAUCCAAGCAUUUCUAGAGGAGCUGCACAGUGCUGUGUUGGAUGAUAUGAAACUUCAUCCACCAUUCUCUGAAGAGGCGUCAAACCUUGUUCGAAUUAUGCAACAGAAAACACGCGAUCCUUCCUGUAGUCCGAAGAAAGUCGUCACAAAAGGCUCCCUGCGUCUGCGCGGCUCGAAGGAUAACGUGUCAGAGGAAGAGCGGUUAAAUUUCCGUCAGUCGGUCAAGCUAUCUGAUGAAGAUAUCUUCAAAGUGUUCUGUGCGAAUCACACGUACACAACACUCAAGCUACGGAUGGAUGCGAGUGUGGAGCAGAUCAUCCAGCAGGCUGCUGAAAAGAUUGGUCUCCCAGAUGAUAAUUUGGUGCUAUGUGAGGUCAAGUCUAAUGGUGAGCGUAUUGAGUUCAAGGGCAAUGACCUUGCGGUGACCUCUGGUUUAAGCCUUAAUGGUCAGUUGUUCAUUUCUCCCAGGGAGCAUAUCGAUGCACUCACGCCACUGCCAGAACAGGAUGGCCCCGCCGCGGUGAUGGGUCCCUCUGUGGAGGAGAUGAGCACAAAGGAGGUGGCGUAUCAUCUGCUUCUCUAUGACUGGGAACUAUUUAGGUGCUUACAUGAGUACGAGUUGAUAUACCUUGUGUUUGGACGACACAAAUUCAAGAAAAUCACCACAAAUCUCGAUGUCUUCCUUCGUCGAUUUAAUGAAGUGCAAUAUUGGGUUGUUACGGAAAUGUGCCUUACGUCGACAGUCGCAAAGCGCGUGCAGCUUCUGAGGAAGUUCAUCAAAUUGGCAGCAUAUUGCAAGGAAUAUCAGAACUUGAACUCGUUUUAUGCAAUAGUGAUGGGACUUAGCAAUACUGCUGUCAGUCGACUCUCGCAAACUUGGGAGCGACUCCCGGGCAAAUUCAAGAAACUUUUUAGCGAUUUUGAAACUAUGAUGGAUCCGUCCAGGAAUCACCGGGCUUAUCGUCUGAUGGUGGCUAAAAUGGAGCCAUCGAUCAUUCCCUUUAUGCCACUACUCAUGAAGGAUAUGACCUUCACCCACGAAGGCAACAAGUCAUACUUCGAUGGUCUCAUCAACUUUGAAAAGAUGCACAUGAUUGCUCAAACCCUGAGAACCAUUCGCUACUGCCGAAGCACCCCCCUUCGUAUAGAUGCCCCAACUUCCGUGAAGAAUAUGCAAGAAGUCAAGAACUAUGUCAGAAACUUCCAUGUCAUUGACAACCAGCGUGUCUUCACUCAACUCUCGCACAAGUUAGAACCUCGGCGCUCAUGACAAUGAUGUCAUCAUAGGUACAUCCCUACAUUCCAUAUCCUCCAAAUCAAGGUCAAGGUCGAGGAUACUCCUCAAGGUCAAGUAGUAAUGACCUUGACAAUAACACUAGAAGUAUGGCUUGUAAAGGAUUGAAGGUCCGAAAAUGGCAAUGUGUCUGACCUUGACAAAUGAACUUGAAAGCCCAAAGGUCACUGUAUUGAUUUCAUGAGAAAGGCUGAAGGUCGUGUGAAUUUAGGAGUUCAAGGUCAUCAAGUGAGGAAAUUCAGGUGAAGCAGAAUGUGCCUUAUGUGAAGGUCAGGGUCACAAAAAGGAUGAUGUUGCGAAAUGUUCCCUGGUGGAUAACGACCCUUGGCCCUCUGUCAUGUUGACUUUUGACUAUGAAAUGAGGGUCAAUUUGGUACGGUGUGGCAAUAAAGGCAAUGAGUAUUGAGUGCUUGCCCGACGGUAUUCUGACUGUAGUGGCUGCCUUGAAUAAGGCCUAUAGGUAACCGGCCCGAGGUAAACUUGCCUAAAACAUUGCCAGUGUCCAAGACUAAUUUACCAGGGGCAGUAACAAGAAACCUAGUCCGGCAAUCUCUUAUUUUCAUCGGAUACAGAAGUUGGGGCAGGUGUGCUGUGGGCAGGUGUCCUGUGGGCAGGUGUGCUGUGGGCAGGUGUGCUGUGGGCAGGUGUCCUGUGGGCAGGUGUGCUGUGGGCAGGUGUACAGUGGGCAGGUGUACAGUGGGCAGGUGUGCUGUGGGCAGGUGUGCUGUGGGCAGGUGUGCUGUGGGCAGGUGUGCUGUGGGCAGGUGUGCUGUGGGCAGGUGUCCUGUGGGCAGGUCUGCUGUGGGCAGGUGUGCUGUGGGCAGGUGUACAGUGGGCAGGUGUGCUGUGGGCGAGUUACUGGCACAUUCAGGAGAUCCACCACAGUGAUUUUAUUGUGACACUAGGGCUUUGUUACGGUCUUAAUACAAGGAACUUGAAAAAUAUUCAAAUUUGAUGAAAUCUUAUGAAAAUAUUCAAAUUUGAUAAAAUCUUACAAAAAUAAAUAUUAUAAGACCUCAAACGUGCUACUGGCUAAAAAGGCAGUGGUUCCUAAACAAUGCUAAAGGGUCACCCUUCGAAUCCUUCUCUACUGGAACCCUCAUUGAACUGGUGUAAUGAAACAUGAUUUUAUUGCCAUCAAUGCAGAAAACGAUUUGCUGCUGCUUUUCUAUCCCUAAUAACCACCAUUCCUUCUGAAGCACAAUGCUCUCUAGGUGCUAGAAGUUUCAGUGAUGUGUUCUCAUGAUUUGGUCAAUAGAUAGAUAAUUGAUUGAUUGAUUGGUUGGUUUGAUUUGCCUAAAGAGUUUAGCUCAUCAUUUAAUUGGAUAUUUUACUGUAAAACAGGUUUUGUUUGCAAAGCCGAAAGUUUGUGAAUUUGCUAAUUGUUGAUUUGGCGUUGACUAAAUGCUGCAUUUGCUGCCACAAUUUAAAGUUUAUUGCAUGAGACAUUUUAAGGCGGGGAAGUGUAACUGAUUGAAGAUUGUGAUAAAAAUGAGAGGCAUAAUUAAUUAUCAAUAUGGAAGUGAAAUGUUACAACCGUUUAAGUUGAUUGUUCAGGAGUGUGUUCAAUAUUGGGAAAAAUCGCAUGUGUUCAUAUUUAUUCAGGUAAAUGAAUUCAAAGUGUUGUUAAAGGCAAUCGGAGUUAAAAGCAAAAUGUUUGUAUUAUAAAUGAUCCUGUUUAUUAGAGAAGUCAUUUUCAGAGAGCGUACUGUUAUUCCGGGAAUAUUGGCAACCUAUUUCAUUUUGCGUUUUUUUCUGAAAUUGCAACUUAUGCAUAAUUUAACUUAUAGUUUUGACAACCCCAUAUUAACAUAAAUAUCAAUAAGAAUUUUCUUUUCGUGGCCAUAUACUUUUGUGUUUAUUUGUAAACAUGAAAUUAAAAUACAUAAAAAUAAUAGCCACGUGAAUACUUCUGGGUUUACGGUGAUGCAUUACCAUCAACUACAAUAUGGCGAGGAACUUUAUUACCGUAGGUGGUAUUGCCAAGCGGUCUAAUACCUAAUAGAUUUCUGGCCCAUGUCAAUUUCAUCCACACAAGGUUCCGUACCUUUUGAUGGCCCGAACCUUUUGGCGCUAAAGUCCCUCAUUUGGGUUAAGGUGUCACAUUCAGCACUGACGACUACUGCUCAGGCAGUAUAUUCUUUCAAAUAUUUGAUAAAAUCUGAUGUUCUGUAUUUAGGACUGUUUAUCCGAUUCGUCUAAUGACGGAGGCUGUAAUAAUAUUGGAGAAAUGUGGCCUUGUCCCGUGUCACUGACUAUGCCGGUGAUUCAAUGUAAUGUGAUGUUCAGCCACUUGGUGGCACCACUGUGUCUGGCAAUAUUUUGUGUAUAAAACUGUUUUUGUUACGAUAAUAAUCUUCCAUGUUUGUUGUAUGUAAUUUGGCCAUUUUUAUGUGGUUUUAAGUCGUCAACAAUUAUGGUCCUUUAAGUUCUCAAAGUUUUUCAGAUACAGAAACUUCAGAUGUUAUCCAUUAUGUAUUAUCAAGAAUUCAUUACGACUAUGAAUUCUUGGUAUUAUCCAUUAUCUGGUGGAGAGGAGGAGCUUAAAAUAAGAUUAAUUCAAAUUCUAGUCAAUUGCUAAUUAGUUAGACAACCCAUCAAACCUCUCAUUGCCUUAGAACUCACAAAAUGUAUCUGUAACUGACAAUAUGUAACAGUCAUGGGUGCAUCUGCUUGGAGCCUGAAAUUAAAGUGAUUACUGCCGGGUAGCAGUUAACCCUUUCUCGGCCGCUGCCGCCUUGUGCCGACGGCCGGUACCAGUGAUGAACUGUGGAGCUUAUUUUAGAAGGGCAUGAUGGCAAUGCACGUCACCUGCACGACAUGGGGCCAUGUACACAUGAUGUACUAUGCACGUCACCCGCAACAAAAGGGUUAACUUACAGCAGAAAGUUGUGCUGUGAACACCUGAAGUAGAUUAAGGGUUUUUUGCAUCUGAAAUGUACAGGUCUGGAUCUGGAUGCAGGAGUUAAUUACCCUCGACACUUGUAGAAGAAGCAUCCUCGAAAAAUUGGCCAUUGGAUUUUGAGGAGAUGAACCCCCUCAAAGAUAACAUGAAACCACUUUGAGGAACAUAAAGCUCCUCGGGCAUAACUGAUCGGGCAGUGUGCAUAUUAAAUGCCUUCCGUAUAGAUUCAAAUUUGUGUUCAGAAGUUGACGCUUCCUCACCCUGGGGAAUCGGCAGUAACCUAUUCGAGGGUUGCACACCUCUCCCAGUGAAAGUUAACCACCUCUCCGAGUGACAGCCUCAGAUUGCUGGCUCCCUCUUUACUGGGGCCUUGAUACAAUUAAAGCUCCAGUACAGUUACAGCCCUUACAGUGUAGAAUACACCCCUCCACUUGGACUCUUCCAUUUUACAGGGAUUAUAAUUGUACAACUUUACCUUAUACAAAGGCCCAGUUUCGAGGUAGCCUGUAAUCUGUGGCAGGAUUGACUCGGAGAGUUGGUUACCUUGACUCGAGGAAGUGGGCAAGCCUCGAAGAGGGUGUUGCUGACUCUACAGGGUGUUCCUAUUGACAACAAAUCAAAAAAUUUAUAAAUACUUUGUUUACAUGUUACUUGUUUUGAUAGAUAUUGUUGUAGAUAUAUGUAGCGUAGAGAAUCUUAUAAAUAUAUAGUGAUCAGUUAAUGUUACAAUGAUGAUUAUUUAUUAUUUGAGGGAAAUGAUGAUGAUCGGUUCUUAGCGUGGGGGCAUUUUAUCAUUGUUCGCCAAGUCACCCUGUGGCAGCUUGUGCAUUACACCACAGGGACUUUAUUGGUAUUGUGUACAUUGUUAAUGACUUCCUUUAAAAAGAUGAAAUAAUAUUUCCUCCCCAUAUUGCGUUCAUCGCCAAACAUUCAUUAAAGUACAGAGAACAAUACCUACCCAUGCUGAACCGAUCAUGUCAUUCCUCUGACAACUAAUGAACGACAAACGCCUGCGAUUAAAGAUUAGUACUUAGUUUAGGAUAUAGAUGAUGCCACUAGUUACCGAUUUUAUUCAUACGCUUCUUCUCUAGAUUAGAAAUUCUAAAAGGCCUUGCGUGGUCAGGUGACAUCAGUGUUUCCAUACGUUUCAAAUAAUUAAUAAUUAUGAGACUUAUAUAGUUCUCAAUCCAACUGAUUUUAGUCACUCUGCCACUGAUCUUGGUCAUAGGAUAUCAAUGAUUGUGGUGGAAAAUACUUUAAGCCAUGUUUUGAAAGGACAGGUCCGAUUGUGAGGCCAGCUGUUUGGUAGAAGUCUACCCCUCUCAAAUCAUGACGUCACAAUGAGGAGCGUCUAGAGAUAUUGUCGGGACUGCACUAAUGUAGCUUUCACAGUUACUCUAAGAAAUCAGAGUAAAUUUAAGCCAUGUUUUGACAGCACAGGUCCAAUGGCG